AUGAGUUUCGGUCUCUUUCUGUCCCACACAUUGCUACGAGCUUCAGAUCCCUUGCUAAAAGGUAGUAUUUUAAUAUGCCAUGGCCUGUUCGGUUCGAAACAGAAUUGGAAAAGCCUCUCUCAAACACUUCAUCGGAUGGCCUGUGGAAACAUCUGCGUGGUUGAUUUGCGCAAUCACGGAAUGAGUCCACAUUCCCUUGACAUGAGCUAUUUUGCUAUGGCUCAGGAUGUGGCCAAAAUUGUGGAUGAACUUGAUCUCCAGGAUGUCUGUUUGGUCGGCCAUAGCAUGGGUGGGAAAGUGGCCAUGUGUGCCGCUCUUUUGGAACCCGAGCGAUUCAGCCGAUUGAUGGUCAUCGACUCCUCUCCGGCUUACACAUCUAAGGCCAAUAGAAUCAUGCCGCAUUUACAGCUGAUGAUGAACGUGGACUUCGUGCAGGUCAAACGUGAAAGUGACGGGACACUGUCGGGCAUCCGCCAGUGGCUCUUUGACACUUGGAAGAAGGACAUUCCCGAUGAAACGAUACGUCGAUUUCUGCUUACCAACCUGGAACAACGUGAAGGGAAGUGCGAGUGGCGAGUAAAUCUACGUGCUAUAGCUGCUUGCUGGCAUCAUAUCGUUGGCUUUCCCGACAAUGAGCUUCAGGGACUCACGUUUAACAAUCCCACGAUGUUUGUGGCCGGCGGACGGUCGGAUUACAUAAAGUUGUCUGAUUUCCCCAAAAUUCACAGUUAUUUCCCCCAAGCUCGUCUUCUCUCUGUGGAAGGAGCCGGUCACUGGGUCCAUGUGGAUGAUCCUCAUAGUGUGCUCCAUCUGAUUACUACGUUUGUCAAGGGUUCGGCGGAGGAUCCUCUUCCGAACAGGGUCGUUGACCUCACCGAUAAAGGCUUGGCGUUGAUCGGGACAUGAUGAAUUUGCGCACAUUCAUAGGUUUAUUUUUUUCCAAGUUCUAGACCAGUCUGCCCGAUUUCUCGCAUUUUCAGUUUACAAGAAAUUCGGCGUCUUUCGUUCCCUUGUCUUUUUAGAGUCAACUAUAUCGCAUUCGAUUUAUGCAGCCCUGUUUCUCAAGUUGCUGUUCACUUUUAUUUUACCCGCCCACACGUGCGUAUUCAACAGAAAAUUUGAUCCUCCUUCCAGAUGCCUGUGAUAUC